UGUGUGUCUGAAUUCAUUCAGGCUGCUAGUAUCGAGGCUUUUGCUUUUUCUGCAGAGCAAAAACAUUUGCAGAACAAAACCGCCCAACUUUGCGAAGUUUUCCCUGUACGGAAAUGCAUUCGUGGGCGUCGCCAUCUUGUUGUACGGAACGGGGCGCACUUUCAUACUUUCAUGGAAGGCGCCAUCUUGGCACUACGGAAGGCCGAACCGUCCAAACCUAUGUGCUUUGCUGUAGGAGGCUGAUUUACUUUGGGGGGUCUCGAUGCUGCUGUUGUCCCGUUUAUGCAUUUAUUAUAUUUAAUGAUCCACUGGUUUACGAUAGCAAGAAAAAGCCAAAUAUGGAAGCAGGAAACGCCACCAAGGAAAUGGUUCUCAUUACAGGAGGAGGUGGUUACUUCGGUUUCCGUUUAGGUUGUGCCCUGGCUCAAAGGGGAGCGAAUGUGAUUCUCUAUGAUGUCAGCAAGCCCAUCCAAGAGAUACCAGAAGGUGUGAAGUUCAUCAAGGGCGACAUCCGACGCAUCUCCGACUUGGAAGAAGCUAUCCGAGGCGUGGAUUGUGUCUUCCAUAUUGCGUCCUACGGCAUGUCUGGCCGGGAGCAGUUGAACCGCAAACGUAUAGAAGACGUCAACGUGAGAGGAACCGAGAACGUCAUCCGAGCUUGUAGGAAACACGGCGUCUCAAAGCUGGUUUACACGAGCACGUACAAUGUGGUGUUUGGGGGCCAAGUUAUCAAAAAUGGGGACGAAUCGUUGCCUUAUCUCCCUCUCCACCUGCAUCCAGACCACUAUUCAAGAACCAAAGCUGUAGCAGAGAUGAAGGUUCUGGAAGCGAAUGGGACCUUCUUUGAAGAUGGGGAAGGGGUGCUGAGAACCUGUGCCCUGAGGCCUGCUGGUAUCUUUGGACCUGGAGAACAGAGACAUCUCCCGAGAAUUGUCCGCUACAUCGAACAGGGAUGGUUCCGGUUUGUGUACGGAGAUCCUGACAGUUUAGUAGACUUUGUCCAUGUUGAUAAUCUGGUUCAGGCUCACAUUUUAGCUGCGGAGGCACUCGGGAUCAGCCUGGGGUAUCCUGCAUCGGGCCAGGCCUACUUCAUCUCCGAUGGUUGGCCGGUGAACAACUUUGAAUUCUUCCGCCCCUUAGUGGAAGAUUUAGGCUACACGUUCCCGACUCUCCGCCUGCCUCUUUCCCUCGUUUACAUCUUUGCCUUUCUCACCGAAAUGGUCCAUUUUGCGGUCGGGCGAUUGUAUAACUUCCAACCUCUCUUGACACGCACGGAAGUGUAUAAAACCGGAGUCACGCAUUACUUCAGUUUGGAAAAGGCCAAGAAAGAGCUCAGCUACAAACCUGAGCAGUUUGGCCUUAAAGAAGUGGUGGAAUGGUUUAAAACCCAGGGCCAUGGAGCGAAGCCCAAAACAUACACCCUAAAACGUUUGCUUAGGGACGUAGCACUUGUCCUGCCGUUUGCUGUGGUUGUCCUUUGGUGGUUGCCCAAAGCAGUAAGGGGGUUUCUUGGGGAGACCUAAAAACAAGGCUUUCAAAAUGGUGCUCAGCUAAGACUGUCAGGAAUUGCUCAUUAAUUCUCUUUUGAUGUCACCAAAAGAAUAAUAUCUGGGACUACUGUUUUUGACUGCAACAUUAUUAUUCUUUUUCUAGCCCCACCUACUACACAAGGUGUCUGUUGUGGGAGAGGACGGGAAAGGAGUUUGUUGGCCCCUUGAGUCUCCUUACAGGAGAGAAAAAUGGGGUAUAAAUCCAAACUCUUCUUCUCCUUCAAAAGCUAGAAAAGCUCUUUUGGAUCAGGACAAAGCUCCAUCUUAUAUAGCACCCCGUUUUCCUAGAGAAGCUAACAAGCCCAUUUUGGGAAGCCACUGCUGUUGCCUCCCAGGUAUCUAAAGGUAUAUUGUCUCUGGAUGAAGAGGUUCACUUUGCUGUUGCUGGCCUUCGCAAAUCAAUACAUCUUCCAUUUCAAGCCAUCGGUAUCUUUUUGCCAGUGAAUAUUUCGUUCCAGUCUCACUCAUUUUCCUUCCUUGUGGAAUAUCUAAUAUUUGCCAGAAUCAUGCACUUGGAAAAUCUCAGGGUUUAUUUUGUUCUUUCCCUCCGAUUCCUUUUAAUUAUAAAAGCGCUUACUUUCUGGCUAACAGCCACGGGGGGCUGAAACGCUAAUCACUUUCUCAGCACUUCACAACUUAAAAGUUGCUACCCGGCAUAAUUCUUUCAGAGACUUCUUUUUUCCUUGUUCCCUUGUUUGCAAUGUUCUUUUAGCAACUGCAAAAUAAUUUUUUUUAAAGAAAAACCUCUCUAAGUUAGGGCUGUGUUGAGAAAUCCGAAUGGGAUUUGAGUUCAAUAUUUAGAUGAAUUAUUGUGGAAUUGUUAGUUAACAGCAGCUUUCUGAGAAUUCCCCCAUCUCUAUUCCCCUCCCCUACCCCCCAGCAUUCUGUUGGACAGAAAAAAAUGCUUUUUGGAUCUAUAAUCUAGGGAGUCACGAUUUAACUUUCAGACUUAAUCGUUAUGGCGAUAUAUUAAAUUUCAGCAUGACUGCAACAGCUUCUGUAUUUCAGAAUUUAAGAGGAAAUAAAAAUCUGUUUUUUUUC